AUGUGGCUGGAAACGCCACAUCCACCGACUUCCAGACUAUAUUACCAUCUACCCCCAUGCCACCGGAGGUUUGCAGCUCCACCGACCACUGGUGGUUUUUUCUCUGCGCGAAGCUUUUUCUUAGGAUCGUUCACUUACCUCCUUCCUUUCAUCUUGAUAAUUCCAACUCAGGACCAUCUGCCAAAACCUUACACCUGCAUUGAUAAAACAACUAUGCUUUUACGAGCCCUGACUAUCCUCAACUUUAUGUUUAUUUCAUUGGCCCUAGCUGCCCCUUAUCAACGCAUACAACCCGACAAUCCCCAGCAGGAGCGGGAAGUUAUACGAGUAACGCAAUCGAGCAAAACCAUAUUGGAUUCAUUGCCCGAUCGGCAAUUAGAUAAUAUCCAAAACCACGGGACAACCGCAAAAGGCCCGAGGGGACUUCCGGGAGUGUAG